AUGGGACCCCGUCAACACCUGUUCCGAGGGCCAGAGACCUUAAGGCAGUUCAUGGACUGGUUAUUACAACCCACUACAGGAAAUAAGAAUUCCGCCUUAUUACACGACGAGGCCAUCAUCAUCGCCCACAAUUUCAAAGGAUACGACGGACAGUUCAUUUUAAAUUACCUGGUUCAUUCCGCCUGCCUGAAACCUACCGUCAUCAUGAACGGCAGUAAAAUCUUAUCCAUGCAAAUCUGCGGACUGAAAUUCAUCGACUCUUAUAAUUUUUUACCUUUUUCCCUGUCCAAGAUGCCCUCUGCUUUCGGAUUCACCGAACUGAAGAAAGGGUAUUUCCCUCACUUUUUUAAUACGGAACAGAACCAGAAUUACGUGGGGCCUUAUCCACCGGCAGCUUACUACAAUCCCGACGACAUGUCUAUAAGUGGACGACAGGCUUUUUACCGAUGGUACGAACAACAAGCCGGAAAAGUGUUUGACUUCCAGAAGGAAUUUUUAGAGUACUGUGUCUCGGACGUCGAUAUUUUACGACGAUGCUGUGCUCAGUUUAGAGCCACCCUCAAGAGCUUGGUCCAUGUAGACCCCUUCCAGGAAUCCAUCACUUUUGCCAGUGCGGCCAAUUUAGCCUACCGUCGAGGAUUCAUGCCCAAAGAGACCAUUGCCAUCAUUCCCAACCUGGGGUAUCAGCCUGCGCGUCGAUAUUCCGCCAAAGCCUGUCGGUGGUUAAGCUGGAUGAGUCACCACACCGGAUCUCACAUCCAACAUGCUAGAAACGGGGGAGAAGUCAAGAUCGGAAGUUAUACCGUCGACGGAUACCAGGAAGCCACUCGCACCGUCUACGAAUUUUACGGAUGCUAUUGGCACGGAUGCCCCACCUGCUAUCCGAAUUUACAGACCGAAAGUCAUCCUCACCGGACCCAAUUUACCUAUGAACAAUUACACGAGGAAACUUUAAGACGGAGUUCUGUUUUAGAGGAAAUGGGGUACUCCCUCCGUAGCAUCUGGGAGCACGAAUUCGAUCAACAGGUACAAAGAGAGGUAACUCUACAGAAUUAUGUACGAGACCUGGACAUUCCAGAUCCUUUGAACCCCCGAGACGCCCUGUACGGAGGUCGGACUAAUGCCACUAAAUUAUAUUGUGAGGAGGGGGACAUGAGAUACGUGGACGUCUGUUCCUUAUACCCUUACGUAUUAAAACACAGACCUUUCCCCCUAGGCCAUCCUCAGAUCAUAACAGACCAAUUCCAGGACGUGAGAACUUAUUUCGGCCUCAUUCACUGUCGGGUCCUACCACCCCGAGGCCUCUAUCACCCCGUUUUACCUUAUCGCACGGGAGGCAAGUUAUUGUUUCCCUUAUGUCGAACCUGUGCGGAACGACAGGACUCUACCUCUAAACAUCCAUGUCAACACGCAGACCAGGAACGCAGUCUUACGGGUACCUGGGUGACUACAGAAUUACAUAAAGCCCUGGACAUGGGAUAUACCUUAGAGCGGAUUUACGAAGUUUGGCAUUUUUCAGAAAGCAGUCGAGAUUUAUUCAGAUCUUACAUCGAUACCUUCUUAAAGAUCAAACAGGAAGCUUCUGGAUUCCCACCUGAUUGUCAGACCGAGGAACAGAAACUAGAUUACAUUCGUAAAGUCUUAGACAGAGAAGGGAUCAGGAUGGACCUGUUAAGUAUAGAAAAAAAUCCGGUGCUAAGAACGAUAGCCAAACUCUUUUUAAAUUGCUUGUGGGGAAAAUUCGCUCAACGCCUGUUAUUACCUAAAACUCGAUACUUGACCGAAGAAGAGGAAUUACAACAACUCUUACAAGAUUCGACCAUUGACAUCAAAGGGAUAGAACUCUUAGAAAAUAAAGAGCAGGCCGAAUCGGACAUGAUGCUGGUCAAUUAUCAAGAGAAACAGGAAUUCGUGGAAGAGUGUCCCUUCGGAAACGUGGUACUGGCCUGUUUCACUACCGCCCAUGCCCGAUUACACCUCUACGAGACUUUACAACCUUUGGGAGAUCGGGUCCUUUAUUUCGACACGGACAGUAUCAUAUACCAACAUGAGGAGGGACAAUUUAAUCCUACCCUUGGCAACAGUUUAGGAGAAUGGACAGACGAAUUAGACGGGGACCACAUUAUCAAAUUCAUGUCAGGAGGCCCCAAAAAUUAUGCUUACCUCACCGCCAAGGGAAAAUCCAUGUGUAAAGUCAAAGGAUUGACUCUCAAUUAUCGGGCCUCUCAGAUCGUGUCACCAGAGACUUUAGAAAAAAUGCUCCAGAAAGAAAUUGACGAAAUCCAAGUCUCGUAUCCCUACAAAAUACAGAGGACUCGUCAACAUGAAGUCAAGACAAUACCUUUAGAAAAACAAUAUAGAAUUGUCUAUGAUAAGAGACAAUUGAUGGAAGAUUAUAACACUUUACCUUAUGGUUAUUAA